UUUAACGCAACACAUGCGUAAAUAUUGUUUUCUAAUGCUGUGGGAUAGCCAUAAAACGGUGACCACCGGCUGCGCAUGUUGUGCGCACCGUGCACAAUCCCCAGGUCUUGCGCGACGAGUCUAAAUCGAUGUGGCAUCUCCCGAGACCCGGACGGGACCGACACGACACAUCCAAAACUGUCUAGGUUGUCGUAUGUUCAAGUCGAAACGCUCAGGUCUUGUACGGCGACUCUGGAGAAGCCGUCUGGUCACUGAGAGCGACGGGCGGGAUGGAAACAGACGAGGUGAGGGAGGACGGAACGGUCCGUGCAGCAGAAACUCAGGAAAGCUCCACAGACAUGAGCAGCGGUCGGUGACACACGCUGACCCAGCUGCAGGACUCACAGUGGAGGCUGGAGAGCUGACGGAGAGUGCGGAGAGGGAGGAAGAGGAGCAACCUGACGAUGACCGGGGUGCCAUGUGCGUCCUGGAGCACAGAGGCUCCCGGCGGGGACAGGAGGGCGACAGUAGGACGGUGACAUGUUGUUUGUUUGGGCAGUGGGAUCUCAGACCUCGGGGCCCAUAUUGGGCCCCAAGAAAAGACGCAGGGGGGCCUUGUCAGGGCUCACCAAGGCACGCGGCGCUGGAGGAGGAACUUGCGAGCACCGCUCAUGCUUUUCUGAAAAGACUCAAAGAGAGAUGUCUGGACGCUUUGGUGAAGGCUGUAGAGACCAAAGGAGGGAUACCGAGCGAGUGCGUCAUGGUGCCGAGCACUGAGCUGCGGCUCGAUGCUCAUCACAUCUCUCCUCAGUAUCUCCUGUGCAGACUGUACCGCUGGAGCGACCUGCCACUUUCAGCCCGGCUCAAAGCGCUGUGCCACUGCCAGAGCUUCAGCGCAGUGGACAGCGCAAAAGUGUGCUGCAACCCCUAUCACUACAGCCGCUUGUGUGGGCCAGAAUCACCUCCUCCCCCAUACUCUGUGUCUCGUUCAGAUGAACACAAGCCACUGGACUCUACUCUGUCUAACACUGAAACUGUGCUGCCCGUCUUCUCCAACCCGCCUCACAUUACGCCAAGAGACUACACAGACACUGGUACCUCCCUUGGUUCCUCAACCUCUGGUGGACAUCGCUCUCACUGGUGCAGCGUUGCCUACUGGGAACAGCGCACACGUGUGGGUCGCCUUUAUCCAGCCUACGAGCCCUCGCUCAGCAUCUUCUAUGACCUACCUCAGGGAACGGGCCUCUGCCUCGGCCAGCUCCAUGCCAACGCCUACCACAGUCGCCGUGAUGACCCAGGCAGCCACGGCACAUCAGGACUUCACGGCCACCACAGCCGUAUGGGUGGAGGGAACAACAGCAGCAGUGUACAACAGAUACGCAGUAAAAUUGGCUUCGGCAUCGUGCUGAGCCGUGAGCCGGACGGAGUUUGGGUGUACAAUCGCAGCCAGCACCCAGUGUUUGUCCACUCGCCCACUCUGGACCCACCCAGUGCUCGAGGACUGAGCGUGAAAAGGGUGAUGCCGGGCUUUUCCCUUAAGGUGUUUGACUAUGAGCACUCCAGCUGGAUGGCGGAGCAUGGCGUGAAACCUGAGAGCCAGGAGGGGCCCUGGGACCCCCACAGUGUUCGCAUCAGUUUUGCUAAAGGAUGGGGCCCCUGCUACUCCAGACAGUUCAUCACCUCCUGCCCAUGCUGGCUGGAGGUGCUCCUCAACAACCACAGAUAGCACACAAACCCUCUCACAGAUACACAGGAGGUUUCCUGACUCAGUAUCCUAAUUGUAAUCUACCUAGAUUUAAUAUAAAAUUUAUAUAUUAUAUAAAAUAUAUUAUACAUGUAAAUACUUGAGUCAUUUUUACAAUGCAAUUAUUUAUGUAUAGUGUAAUGUGUAUAUAGACAAAAUAAA